GUGAAGGGUCACCUGACCCGACGGGCGGCCGGGCUGCUUUAGGCGGUUGGCUGGGGCCUGGGAAUCCCUGCAGCCAUGGCGAGUCAGUCGCAGGGCAUCCAGCAGCUGCUGCAGGCCGAGAAGCGGGCGGCCGAGAAGGUGUCCGAGGCCCGCAAGCGAAAGAAUCGAAGGCUGAAGCAGGCCAAAGAAGAAGCCCAGGCUGAGAUUGAACAGUACCGACUGCAGAGGGAAAAAGAGUUCAAGGCCAAGGAAGCUGCGGCACUGGGGUCCCAUGGCAGCUGCAGCACUGAGGUGGAGAAGGAGACCCAGGAGAAGAUGACCAUCCUCCAGACCUACUUCCAGCGGAACAGGAAUGAAGUCCUGGAUAACCUCUUGGCCUUUGUGUGUGACAUCCGGCCAGAAAUCCAUGAAAACUACCGCAUAAAUGGAUAAGAGAAGAGAAAAGCGCCUAUUCCACGGGCUGCCACUGAAGACGCCCUCAUGGAGCCUUGCAAAGCUGGAGUCCUUAUGAAAGGCAUACAUUAUUGUUCUCCACUGUAGUCCAUCCCUCCACUUUUUGUAGAGUAGCAAAUCUAGCUCUUUGUACAGACUUAGUACUUAUCCAAAGAAUUCAUCUAGUGUGUCUUAGAAAUUUAAUGAGUAUAUGUUGUCUGUUUCCCUGUGUGUUUUUGCUUAGGCAACAUGUAUCACUGUUGAAUUUUUCUUUCUUAGUCUAGUAGGAAAAAAAAAAAUCAAUUCUUUGAAGAAAGAAAGGGAUUAACUUUUCCCUCAUACUUUCUUAAAGGUCAGGGGCUUUAUCUAUGAAAAAGUAGUAAAUAGUCAAUUGUAACUUGUAUGAAGCAGCAGCCAGCCUUAAAGUAAUCUAUUCCAGCUAAAGGUCAAAGCAGUAAUUAGUAAUAUACUUGUUUGGGCUGCUGCUAAUCUAUCUUACUCAAAAUUGCUAGAUAAUAGGACUCAAGAACUUGUUACAUGUUACUUGGUGUACUGGUAAUCAUUUAAAAGUAAAGACUUUGUCAUGCAUUUUCA